UCAGCCACAUUCGCUUCCAGGCUUCGUCCGUGGAGCCACGCCAUCGAUCCAGCUCCACAUUCGUCGCGAACGCUUCGCUCCUUCGCACGGUGGUUCACCCCGUGGCUUGUCAUCUCUCGCCGAACAGGUUUUCGGCCGUUUCCGACAUCGCGGCAGCACCGAAACCGAACGAUCGUGGUACCACAUUCGCAAUUCGUGCCGGCGUUGAGCCAAUUGCCGACCUAUCUCAACGUUCGCCGCGGUUAGUUGGUCAUGGACGAUUAUUCGCGCAAGGUUGCCGCCAGCCGCUGUUGAUUUGUGAGAUCCUCCUGAAGCGACUAUCUGCAGCUGAUUUUUUGACGUUUUCGUCCCACUCGACUGAUUUUUCAAGCUAGGUAGAUAUGUCGGCCAAAAGAAAAGCUUCUGCUAUCAUACAACAUCAUAAGGAGAAAAUGGGGUAUGACCCCUACUUACCAGGUGGAUUAUAUCUAAAAAAGGAGAACCUUCCAACUCCAGAAUCGUCAGAGGGUAACGAAGAUGACCAUUAUGGAGGAACCGGCGCCGUGAAAGACAUGAAAGACACAGACAAGCUCAAGUUGAUGCUGUUGGCGUGGAACUAUCACAAUCACCAAGCAGCUAAUAGGAACGGGAAUAGUGACAUUCCCGAUCUGACGAACGUGCCUAACAGCGAGGAGAUGGUGGGACUUUGGGCACAGUACCAUUCAGCACUGGGACUGGCUAAAGGAAAAGCAACACCACCCGCCAACAGAGAAUCUAGUCCUGUGAACGCAGAAACUGGUUCGGCGCACGACGAAACUAGUUCUAGUGGGAACAAAGAGGAUGAAGAUGACGACGACGAUGAAAGUGACGAUAAAAUUGAUACGCAGACUCACGACCCUGAAAGGCUCAAAGCGUUCAACAUGUUUGUACGGCUGUUCGUCGAUGAAAAUCUGGACAGGAUGGUGCCCAUAAGCAAGCAGCCCAAAGAAAAGAUCCAGGCCAUUAUCGACUCGUGUACGAGGCAGUUUCCAGAGUUUGCUGAACGGGCCAGGAAGAGGAUACGAACCUACCUCAAGUCGUGUCGAAGGAACAAAAGAGCUCGAGAUCCUAACUCACCUUGGGAUGCAUCGAGGCCUACUCCAGCUCACUUGACAUCGGUACAAGCUGAACAAAUCCUGGCAGCAGCCUGCGAGAACGAAAGCCAUAAUGCCAAGAGGAUGCGAUUAGGGUUAGAACCUGUCAGUCAACCCAUGCCAGUUUUGCCAGGAACGCAGACUACAACGGAUUCUACAGCCCAGAUAUCAAGAGGACUGGAUUUCUCGAGUAGUAGUACGCCAGUUAAAAUGGAAACUGAAGCAGUUUCAACGGCAUUUCCUUCGUCUACAACGCCUUCCAGUAGCACUCCAAACUCAGUCACGAAGAUGUCAGUCACUCCUGACUUAAAGUCGUCUUUAAUAAAUUCCACAAAUACGGGUGUCAUCGGUUCGACAGGAGUAAAUGGAAUAGGAAUAUCAAGUUCGACAGGGUCCGCGCCAACGGCGAUGUACAGGCCGAAUUUUACGCAGGCCUUCCAAAGGACAGGACCGUACCCGCUGUUUCCAGGCGCCGCACCUUUCACGUCGACUGGUUUACUUACGAACGGUCCUGCAGACCUGAGUAUGAAACAAAAACCCCUUCUGAACCACAAAUUAACUCCUGGAGAAAUGACUGCUGUUAGGCAGCUCGUGACAGGAUAUCGCGAAUCAGCAGCGUUCCUACUUCGAUCUGCUGAUGAACUGGAGCAACUACUGCUACAACAACAGUAGUGUCAAAGAUAAGAAGGUAGAACAAUGCAUUUUUUUGAUUAACUUCGAUUGACUGUGAAAAUAAGAACAUGUGAGCCGUUAUCGUCUUUAGCUAGGUGCCAGUAACCGCAAGGUAUAAUAUAGUCAGAAACAGUCGGUACGGUGACGUCAUACUUUGUCUGGUAAUUUUGAGGAUAACGCCUCCAAUUCUGACCAGUGAGAUGACAUCAUAUGGAAUGGCACAUUUUUACUGUGUGGCUUUGGCCAGUAACUAAAAAUUAAAGUAUAGCAGAGUAAGUGGAGUAUUGCCUUAAAUUUUCUCUUCUAGUCUGAUUUUGUCACUGAAAAUUACUAAAGUGGAAUACGAACGUUAUUAAAUGAUUAUGAAUACAUUAAAUAAUAAUGAUUUGACUGAAAAUACAAUAUAGUACUAGGUAGCCUUGUUUUGAAGAAGUCAUGAAGUUUUUGUAAUUUUAGUAACAUACGGUAAAAGUGAAAAUGAAUUACUUUACUUUUUUGAAAAAUAUUUGCACAUGAGUCCAGAACAUUUGUUUAAGCUCUUAAGUUAUAUGUAAAAUCUAGGCUGUGAUUAUUUUUUACAUUUAGGCAUUUAGGCAAAAUUUUGUUCCCUUCAUUUACAUGCUCACAUGUUCUUAUCAAAUACAAUUCGUGAUUGGUAAUUUUUGCAAUUUUUUUCAAAGUCUGUAAUUUUUUGAGUGGAGGUUUGUAUUUUUAUUUUCUUCCUUGAUCAAGUUUUCAAUUUCCUGUUUUUUUUUCAUAUGAUUCUAGUCUAACGUAUAGGGAAUGUGUAAUAUAUUUUCAAAGUUAAUGAGUAUAUAUUUUUCAAAAAAUUGUGUGCAAUUGGAAAAUAUUGUUCCUUUAAAUGCGUACUGAAAUCCAAAACCUCCACUUAUAGCUGUAUGUAUAUACAAACGUAUAAAAUUUACUAUUUACAAUUUAGAAAUUGGUAUAUUUACGUGAAAAAUUUAUUUCUUCAAAAUCUUUAAAAUAUUUAUUCGUUAUAAUGAACAAAAUGUAAUACAGGGGAUAUUUUAUUAUAUUUGAUAUGGUUCUUGAAAAUUUAUAUUGUAACCGCGACAUGUACCAAAGAGGCUCUGUAUAUAAACUUUUGAAAUUUGAUGAUGUUUAUAAUGAUUAUAUACAUAUAGUAAUAUUUGAUGCAGGACAUUUUAAAUAAUUUGUACAGUUCCAGAGACUGUCCUGUAUAUUAUAUAUUAUGUGUGCGUUUUUUAUUAAGUGUAAAGUAUGGCUACUUAACCAAUGAUCGGCUGAGGGUCACUGAUUGAAGAGGUUCUAUCGACAGCAGCCACUUCAGUACGUAUGAUAUAUUCCCAGGUUCAUUUCAAUUUAUUGAAAUGAUUUAGCUACAAUUUGAUGAAACAUUCUAUUGAAAAAUUGAAAAAUUCUGAACGGAAGUAUGAGUUAAUUUUUGUUAUUGAAGAGUGUACAUCCACUAAACACUGUUCCAGUUUUGAUCAUCCCCUUUAUCAUUUCUUUUGUACUGUUUGCUCCAAUCUUUUAAUCGUAGGUUAACUGUCAAGUUUGAUAACCCUACGAAUAACCCCAAAUCUAAAGGUUAACCAUCAGUUACCAAUACAUUCAUUUUUCAAGUUCUGUUUUCAAGGCAACACUGCCUCUGGAUCUGAAGUAUUAUGUAUAUUUUAUGAUGAUCAGAAUCCGUUUCGUCUUGUGUCAUCCAUGUCAAUUGUUGCGACUGUCAAGCAACAUAGACACAUUGUGGAUUAUCUACUAGUUACUCAAUAGAUGGUUUUUUGGUUAAAAAACCGCCAUGUCAGAAUCAUUGAUAUAGAAACAACACAUAACGUGACGCCAAGAUUUUUAUCUUACGAAUCUGCCAAAGUGACCUUUGUUUACAGUUUGCAAAGCUUAGUCGGAUUUUUUAGAGCUGUUUCUUUUUCGUUCACAAUGUUUGAUGUUAUUAUGUGUGUGCUGUUACAAAUAAAUGCUGUCUUGUACCUUGCUACUCAGAGGUGAUCAGCUUGAUGAUAUCAAAAAAUCGUGACGAAUAAAGUUUCGCAGGUUAAUAUGCAGGACCUAAUUGAGGCUUUCACAAUUUCUAAGUUGCUACUGAUAAAAUUUAAGCAAGAUCUGUGUCAAUAUGAUACUAGCGUAUCAUCCUUGGCCCCGCCCCCUGAUGUUUAAGAUAUCUCUUCUAAUAGCAUCGUGAGGUUACAGUAAACAUGCGAUUGAAAACCUAAACUCUGAGAGCUAACCUUUAAUUAACAUUCAGUUAAAUAAAAGUGAUUAUUAAAAAACAUGUGUGCGAAAAAGUUGAAUUGACCUUCCAGUGAUUCUCAGCCUGUAUCUCUCAUUGAUGUGUAAAGCUGUACAGAGUGUUUUCAAAAUAAUACAAUACUAAAACAAAAGUUGUAUGUGAUCACGUCAUUGCGAUGAAUUAUUUCUAAGGGGUAUUACAGAUUUUGAAAAUACUAUGUCGUUUUACAACUUUUAUGAAUAGUUUACUUUCUGUGAUUGUUAAUAUGUAAUAAGUACAUGUAAAUAAAAGUCAAGUUACAACCUUUGCUUUGUAUUUUGUGUACCUAAGUUUUGAAUUUACUACUAAUAUGAAAAAACAUUCCAGUGAAAAAUGUUCAUUGUAUAAACAAAUUGUAUUUUGAUCUGAAACACUGCCAAAUUUAUGUAUGAUUAAAAGUGUCCACAUAUAAACGAGUUUGUUGUA